UUGUCUCUCUCUCCCUCUCUCUGCUCUCUGUCUUUGAAUCAUCUAUAUUAGUGACAGUGCAUUAGUAUGAGGAGAAAGCUGCUAACACCCUUUUGUGGAGUAGAACUUGUUCACUGUGCUUUUUAAAUGUGUAUGGUCAUAUUUGCUCCGAUCUUUGCCGUCUGUGCAUUUGCAACAUGUGGAGGGUACUCUGGUCACCUGCGGGUUAGAGUGGAAUGUCUGGACAAGAGCCAGAGCAACCUUAGCAUCACAGUAAACUUUGCAUAUCCCUUCAGGUUACAGCAGGUCCAUUUCCAGCCCACGCUGUGUGAGAGGAACAGACAGGAGAGCAUCUUCCUAGUCGGAGACUAUUCCUCCUCAGCUCAGUUUUUUGUGACCGUGGCUGUCUUUGCCUUCUUCUACUCCCUGAUGGCCACCGUAGUGUACAUCUACUACCAGAACAAGUAUCGCGAGGGUAACAGAGGACCGUUGGUGGACUUUGUAGUGACCGUGCUGUUUGCCUUCAUGUGGUUGGUGAGUUCCUGUGCUUGGGCCAAAUCUCUGUCUGAUGUAAAGUCAGCCACUGAUCCCACCCAGGUCCUCCUGCUCAUCUCUGCCUGUAGAUAUCCGGCCAACCGGUGUUCAGCUUCCCACCACCCAGUCUGGUCUGAGCUCAACACGUCUGUGGUUUUUGGUUUUGUAAACUUUAUCCUCUGGACCGGCAACAUCUGGUUUGUCUUCAAAGAGACAGGCUGGUACAAGACUGGCCAGAGGUACCCAAUGAGAAGCGCCUCUGGGAGACGGGCCAAUGGGAUGAGCCAAAGGCUCUACAGCCAAAGCAGUAUUGACCAAUCAGGGGACAGCUUCUAUCAACAUCCAUACAGGCAGGCUAGUUUUGAUCAAUCACGGGAGAGCUUUGGCCAGCAUCACUACAGCCAAGGUAGCUUCAACCAAUCAAUGGGGAGCUUCCGCUUGCCACAGACCCGUCUAGGACAGCCAAUCAUCAUUAGUCAGGGAGAUGUCACCUCUAAAGGGCUUAAUCCCAUCAUAUUUGUCAAUGAUAUUUAGAUCACAUUUCAUAUAUAUU